AUGCCAGACGAUCGCGAGAUUCGAAAUGCACUGGAGGACUGCAAGGCAGCUGCCCGCAAACAAAGCAGCGACUCUCACAGCCAGUGGAGAGGAAUGAUGACAACGGGUACUGACAAAAUGAAGGCUUCUGCACGGAGGUUCUACAAAAGGGCACGGCGACAAAUGCGUGAGGCAAUGUCAUGGAUGGCCGAGCCAAUGUUGUUUCUGGCCAUUGUGCUGCUUGCACCUUUGAUCGCCGGCGCCGUGAAUUUCCUUCUGAGGAAUCCCGUAGAUACGGCCAUUGUGCAAGUGCAAGAUGUGGUGAUCCCCGUUUGGGCAUCAAAGGAGUGGGGCCCGGAGCCCAUGGGCCGCGGGAAGCCUCGCAGGGAAAAGCCUGAGGCUCCUGUCGGCGGGCCGGAGCUUGCAGAUUCCGAUGUCGAGGAAGCGGACAUCGAGGCAUUGGCGAGAUCCAAGCUCAGAGCGGGGGAGUUCAUCCUCGGCGAGGAGCCGAAGCCGACGCAGGAUGAAUCCGCAGAGGUGCAGGACACCGCAAAGCGAGGUGUUUGCCUAGCACCGCUGCUUUUGCAGCGGUUGAGCGAAAUAGAGUACAAGGUGCCCGAGGGUGCGAAGCGCGUCCCUUGGAUCGACACCAUGGCCAUAGAUGGACAGAACAACCUGCCAAAAGGGGUCACUGCCAAAGAUGGCGUGAAACUGGAAAGCGCCUUCCUAGGCAUGGCUGCAGAAGCAGCUGCUGAAGGCUACCGCAGGUUGCGGGUCAUGAAGAUCCCCUGUACGAGACCGAAUGACUUCUAUGCCGAGAUGAUGCGGCCUGACAAGCAAAUGUACCGAGUUCGCCAACAGGCAGCAGAGGAGGAGCGACGAAUCAAGAUUGUCGAAGACAGAAAGAAGCACCAAGCGAGCAAGAAGUUUGCCAAGAAGGCAAAAGCCAAGAAAUUGGAAGCCCGGGCGCAGGAGAAAAGGACGUCCCUGGAAGAGAUUGCAAACUGGCGGUCACGGAAGAAGAGCGAAGGAAACAACAAAGACGAUCAGGACUUGGAAGAGAUUCUAAGUCGACAGGGGAAGAAGAGAGACCAAGAUGGGCAGGGCAAAGGCAAGGGCAAGGCCAUGAAGUCGGCCAAGCGCCGCAACCUCGAUGAAAAGUACGGUUUCGGUGGGAAGAAGAAGCGAAGCAAGCAGAAUGACAAGAGCUCCACUCAUGACAUGUCCGCGUCUCCGUGGGGAAGAGGCAGGGGCAAGGGCGGCAAGGGCAGAGGAAAAGGCAAGGGCAAAGGCUCUGGCAAGAAGAGGCCGGUAGGUCUUUCCGCUGCUCAGCAGCGAGGCAUCGCCGAGGCCAGGGAGAUGUGGAUGGGGGAAAACUUCGACGAUGCUGAAACGCUGGUGCUGGGUGCGCACCUGGCAGAAGGCGAUGCCCCUGAGGAGGAAGGUAAGGUAGAUGAUGGCUUAUUGGACUUGCUCGGAGACGCCUCGGCAGAAGCAACAGAGUCAGCAGACACAGUGCCAGGUGCAAUACCUGGUGAGAGUGUUUUGGACAUGGCCGAGGAAGCGACGCCGGAGCCCACAUCGUCAGACGCUGUGGUGACUGCCGCCUCGGCCGCUGCCGCGAUCGCCGCCGCGGCCGCUGCUGCGACCGCCGCCGCGGUGCCUGAAGCUACAGGUGUGAAAAGAGCUGCCACGCAGACAUUGGACUUGAAUUUGGACGUCAUGGACACGGACAUGCAAGCAGGUCCCGUGUCCGAUGAGCACACAGGGGUGUUGUCUUCGGUGAACUUUGCCACCGCCACAGACAUCGUGCUGAAGUGCGAUUGCCUGUCCGUAGGCAGAGACGAGUCCAAUUUCGCGACCUUGACUGAUCCGCGAGUCUCGAGCGAGCAGUUUCGAGUCCACCGGAAGACUGUUGGAGCUGCCGGGCCGCCGUGGAGCUACGAACUGGAGGACUGCUCUAGAAACGGCACGCUGGUGAACAAGAAGCUGGUCCGAGGAGUCAGGAUUGCCUUGAAGGAUCAGGAUUUGGUGGAGGUGCUUCCAGCUUCGAAGGUUGGUCAAGCUGCAGCCAUCGCGUUUUUGUUCCAUUCUCCAGAUGCUGAUGUGCCUGAAGGCCCAGCAAAGAAAAAGAUUCGAUUAGAAGGCGACUCAGCCAGUGGCAAGGCUGGUGACGAGGCCAUCUUUGACGGCGCGAUGUGUGCAAUCUGCCAGGAGGUGAUGCACCGUCCCACCAGUGUACAGCCAUGCAUGCACAGCUUCUGCAGCUCCUGCCUGGGUGGCUGGUUGAAGCGGCCUGGCGACCGAAUUCCGAGGUGUCCAAUCUGCCGACAAGGGGUCGCCGGAGUUGGCAAGAAUCACGCGCUUGACAGCAUGAUCGAGGGUCUGCUGAAGGCACAUCCUGAUCGACAGCGUUCAAUCGCAACAAUCUCUGAUCUGGACAGUCGCGAUCCGCUACACGACUGUGGCUACGACCUGCUGAAGCUUCGUGGGCCUGGUGAUGUUGCUGCAGGUAUGGCACGUAUGGUAGUGGCUGCAGCAGCUGCUGCAGAAGCAAUGGAUGCAGAGGAUUCUGAGGACCAUUCUGAGCAUGAGCACGAGUCAUAUUCGGAGGAGGAGGAGGAGGCGCAUGCCUGGACUGCACCAGGAGCUUUGCGACCCGCCUGCAUCCAUUGUGGAGUCCCAGCCUGGCAGCCCUUACGUGCGGCUGUGGACCUCAGCACCUCGUCACCCGUUCCAGCCACCGCGCUGAUGAAGUCAGCACUGGCAAGCAACGCCUUCGAGCAGGAGAUCCUGCAGGAAUGGCUCCACAGCAAAGGAUUGAGCCUUCAACAGGCGAUGCAAAGCGUUCUCGAAAACCCUAACCCAGAAGGCGUUUCUGCGGUGGAAGUGCGCAGCGCGCCGGUCCCCGGAGGAGGGCCCGGGGCGCUCGUGCACCUGCCUGUUGGUGCCUGGACCGAACUGGCGAUGUGCCAGCCGUGCAGUCAACUGGUUUUGCGCAGCGUCGUCUACUCCAUCCGGGAGCGAAUCCAGAACGAGGAUCUUCCGGAGAGAGCAAGGGGACGCAGAAACUGCUGGUAUGGGCACUCUUGCCGGACGCAAAGCCACAAGCGGGCCCACGCCGAGCGUUUGAAUCACAUCUGUGCUCAAACUCGUUUUCAUUGA